UAACCCACUUGCCAAACUUGCCGCUUCUCUCUCUCUCUGAAAAGGCUACAGCUUUCACUGUCCCGUGGUUAGAAAGCACAGUGGGCGCAAUGCGCACUACUCUCUCUCCCAGUCCAGCCAAAGGAUCACACUCUGCUUCUCUCUGCCCCCACACUUCCUCCCUUUCUCUCUCUAACUUUCAUCAUCAUCCAUUAAUGCCUCUCUCUUCUCUCUCUCUCUAAAGACCAAAUCUUUCUCUCUCUAAAUAACUUGUUAAAUAACCCAUCAGCUCACUAAAUCCCUCAUUCACUGCCACAAGCUCUUCAGAAGCUCGUACACACACUUAACACUCUCUCUCUCUCUCUCUCUCUCUCUUUAUUGGUAGCUCAAGUUUCGGAUUCGGAUUCGAGGUCGGGUCGAAUGAAUUCGGGCUUUUGAGAAAAUGGAUCCUCCACUGAUUAACGAGUCUUCCUUCUCAGCAGCUAACCCAUCAGCGUACAGCCUGGCAGAGAUUUGGCCCUUCAGCGGUGAACCUGGUGGAAGUGGUAGCGGGUUGGGUCUCCGAAUGGGUAGUUUGGGUGGGCUUGGAGACAGCUCCGUGAACAGAGAUGGGUCGUUGGAGGAAUCGACCGUGACUGAGCAAAGCGGUGGCGGUGGUGGAAGAAAGAGAAGGGAUGUGAGCUCUGAGGACGAGUCUUCUAAGCUGGUUUCCACUAGUAGUGCCAGUGGCUUGAGAGAUUCCAGUGGAAAACGGAUGAAACUAGCAAGAUCUCAAAAUGAAAAUGGUGGUUCGAAAGUUGAAGUUGAAGAAAGUUCAGCAGCUGGUGACAACAAGCCAGCUGAACAAAGCACUAAACCUUCAGAGCCACCUAAGCAAGAUUUUAUCCAUGUGAGGGCACGAAGGGGACAAGCUACUGACAGCCACAGUCUAGCAGAGAGGGCUAGGAGAGAAAAGAUCAGCGAGAGGAUGAAACUUCUCCAAGAUUUGGUUCCUGGAUGUAAUAAGGUUAUUGGGAAAGCACUCGUCCUUGAUGAAAUUAUUAAUUACAUUCAAUCACUGCAGCACCAGGUUGAGUUCCUUUCAAUGAAGCUUGAAGCAGUCAAUUCAAGGAUGAACAUGAAUCCCACCAUUGAAGCCUUUCCUUCGAAAGAUCUUGGUGCACAGCCAUUUGAUGGUGCAGGAUUGCUAUUUGGCUCGCACACACCAAGGGAGUAUUCCCAAGGCUCACAUCCCGAGUGGCUACAUAUGCAGGUCGGCAGUAGUUUCGAAAGAGCAACGUAAAUUCAGGGGAUAAUUCUUCAAGUCAUAAUUGGUGGGCUUGUGAUUAGGUUCUACAUCUGGUGUAGAAAUGCGUUUGCUAAAUGUAUGAUCAUUCUUAUUGUUGUAAUAGGAUAUUAGUUGUAGGAAUGCAUCUAAUCUUCGCAUGUAUCAUCUGACUAGAUAUACUUUGUUGUACGAGUAGUAGUACCCAGAAAAUAUCUUAAGUGGCUUAGUUAAAAUGUGUAACAGAAGGAUUGUAAUUGUCCUUGCCAGAAUUUAUAUAUAUAAAAUAUCUGAUUAUUUUUACAUAAUAUUACUCCGUCUCACGAA